GGCAGCAUGCCGGCGCUGCGCCUGCUGUGGCUCGGCUGCCUGUGCAGCCUGUGCCGCGGGUACUUCGAGGGCCCGCUGUACCCCGAGAUGUCCAACGGCACGCUGCACCACUACUUCGUCCCCGACGGGGACUACGAGGAGAACGACGACCCCGAGCGGUGCCAGCUGCUCUUCAGGGUGAGCGAGCAGCGGCGGUGCGGCGCGGCGGCGGCGGCGGGCGGCGGGCUGAGCCUGCGGGAGGAGCUGACGGUGCUGGGCCGGCAGGUGGAGGACGCGGGCCGGGUGCUGGAGGGCAUCGGCAAGAGCAUCUCCUACGACCUGGACGGCGAGGAGAGCUACAGCACCUACCUGCGCCGCGAGUCCGCGCAGAUCAGCGACGCCUACUCCAGCUCGGACCGCUCGCUGAGCGAGCUGGAGGGCAAGUUUCGGCAGGGUCAGGAGCAGGGCGGCCGGGAGGAGGCCCGCCUGGGCGACAGCUUCCUGGGGCUGCUGCUGCACGCCCGCGCCCUGCUCCGCGAGACCCGCGACAUCUCCAGCGGGCUGCGCGACAAGCACGACCUGCUCGCCCUCACCGUGCGCAGCCACGGCGCCCGCCUCAGCCGCCUCAAGAACGACUAUCUCCGCGCCUGAGCCCCGGGGCCAGAGGGAGCGCUCUGGAAACGCCUAUUUAUUGCACAGGGCUUCCCAAACUCUGUGAAACCCGAGGGUGGAGGUACGUUGAAGCUAACAUCCACGUAUCAAUGAUAAACUGCCCCGCAGUGCAGCGCCCCGGCAGUUGCCAACUAGCCCCCCGUGCUCGCCACGGAGCGUCCCUCGACGCCUUGCCUCGUCGCCCACCGUGGUCCUCGCCAGCCUCGCGCGGAGCAGAAGCUUGGGUCGCUUCGUUGUUACCCCCUCAUUCGGGGUGAACCCUCUGUUAACUUUCUUAAACUUUUGUAACGGCAUGUACUCUACUCAUGUAAAAUGUUGUUCUACUACGUAACUUGAAGCUGUGAUUUCCAUUUGCGUUGUGAGAGACGGGAUCUAUUCCAGCAGGAUUUGUACUCUUUAUGGUCUUGCUUAUCUGUGACUCUGAGCUAUCGUAACCCCAAGAGCCAGCCAAAAAGGCUUAUGUCAGAUCCUGAGAAUGCUGAUGCAGAUUUUUAUAGUAAGAAGGAGCUCUAGCGGCGAUUGCAGUUUCAGAUCCAAAAUUGAAGAGCAGGGUUUCUUAGAGCGUGUUUCUAAAGCAGACAAAAAGUUGUUGUCUGUUCCAACGUAGUGACAUUUCCCAUUGGCGCCUUUGUACUUUUGCUAGCUAAGCUAUUAAUAAAACUAUUUUUGCUCCUGGACAAUAGCAAAAGUGCCCAGUGGGAAGGAGGGGGAGGAUUGUUUGGGUUUUUAGGCUCAUCACUAUGUAAUCAGCAACUUGGGGUAAUAUUGUUACGGAUACUGCAGGCAGAAUCGCUGUUUGGAUGAAAAAGUUCAUGUGUUCUUU